GCGUGCGCGUGGAGCAGCCCGCUGCAGGGCGCGCUGUGGUCCGUGCUGGCCGAGUUCCUUGGCGGCGAGGAGGGCGCGUUGCCCGCGGUCCUCGACCUGGCGGGCGACGCCGCGCUGAUGCAGCGCGUCGUCGCCAGCGUGGCGGACGAGCCGGACGUGGGCUGCAUGGGCUUCGUGCGCCUGCUGUGCCGCGGCCUGCAGAAGCUCGCGGGCUCCGCGCCGGAGGUGGCGGCUGCUCUGUCGAAGAUCGACCGCUGGUCUGACGUCGUCGCACGGGACCUGGAGGACAUGGAGAAGGUGUGCAAGGAGCACCUGGGCGGCGCCCCGCCCGACGCGGUCGACAGGCCGACGAGCGGCCACGACUACCUGGAGGCGCUCCGCAGUUGGGCGGAGGAGGACGGCAACAACGCGGCCCUCAGCCCGGAGGACGUGCGCGACAUCGUCGAGGAGGACGUGGAGGUCCAGGAGGCGCUGGAGAUGUUCCAGAUCCAGAGGGGCCAGAAGCUCGGCGACGCUCGCAGGCAGCGGGCUGCGACCCCGCGGCAGCUCACGAGCUGCCCGUGA